UUGAUUGGAGAAAACUUUUAUUCUGAACUGAAGUGUCUGCGGAGUUUCUCAUAUUCCAGCCCGGUUUGGAGACUCCUCCUCUCAAUCCUAGCAACUGCACAUUACUUUCUGUUUCCUGUUGAGACACCUCGAGUAUCCACCCGCAUCCUUCAUUCUCCCACUGUCAUCUUGCGCUGUCACUCCCCCAGCUGCCCCGGAAUCCCACGGUAGCUUUAUCCUGGCUGCAGCAGUUCCAACCUUGCAUCCCCACAUCACUCCAAUUCAAAGAAAGAAAGAACUUUUCUACCCUCACCCAUCAAACUGAAGUCCUGGGCUUUCUUCUAGUUGGACCAACUUAUGUCAUGAGCCCACUCUUCAUCACAUACUGAUGGAGCCACCCAAGUUCAGCCACGGCCCAAGUCGUUUGAUUCAGCUGGUGAUGAAAUGGGGGUCAACCUGUCCGUGGGCUUUCCUCCUGUCACGGGACCCCACCUCGUAGGCUGCGGGGAUGUAAUGGAGGGUCAGAGUCUCCAGGGGAGCUUCUUUCGACUCUUCUACCCAUGCCAAGAAGCAGAGGAGGCCACAGAGCAGCCCCUGUGGAUUCCCCGCUAUGAGUACUGCACUGGCCUGGCGGACUACCUGAAGUUUAAUAAGCGCUGGGGGGGGUCGCUGUUCAACCUGGCUGUGGGAUCUUGUCGCCUGCCUGUUAGCUGGAAUGGCCCCUUUAAGACAAAGGACUCUGGAUACCCCUUGGUCAUCUUCUCCCAUGGCCUUGGGGCCUUCAGGACACUGUAUUCAGCCUUCUGCAUGGAGCUGGCCUCCCGUGGCUUUGUGGUGGCUGUCCCAGAGCACAGGUGGCACAUGUAUGGUAGGGAUGGGUCAGCUGCGGCCACCUGUUUCUGCAAGCAGGCCCCAGAGGACAGCCGGUCUGACAAUGAGUCAUCGGAGGAGGAAUGGAUCCCCCACCGUCAAAUUGAGGAAGGGGAGAAGGAAUUCUAUGUUCGGAAUUACCAGGUGCAUCAGAGGGUAAGCGAGUGCAUGAGGGUGUUAAGGAUCCUGCAGGAGGUCACUGCUGGGCAGACCGUCCUCAACAUCUUGCCUGGCGGGUUGGAUCUGAUGACCUUGAAGGGCAGCAUCGACAUGAGCCGCGUGGCUAUAAUGGGACAUUCAUUUGGAGGGGCCACAGCUGUCCUGGCUUUAGCCAAGGAGACCCAGUUUCGGUGUGCUGUGGCUCUGGAUGCUUGGAUGUUUCCGCUGGAACGUGACUUUUACCCCACAGCCCGGGGCCCUGUCUUCUUCAUCAAUGCAGAGAAAUUCCAGACAAUGGAGAGUGUCAACUUGAUGAAGAAGAUUUGUGCCCAGCAUGACCAUUCCAAGAUCAUAACUGUCCUUGGUUCUGUUCAUCGGAGUCUAACGGACUUUGCUUUUGUGGCUGGUAACUGGAUUGCUAAAUUCUUCUCCAAUCCAACCCGUGGGAGCUUGGACCCCUAUGAGGGUCAGGAGACUGUGGUGCGGGCCAUGUUGGCCUUCCUGCAGAAGCACUUGACCUCAAAGAGAACUAUGAUCAAUGGAACAACCUCAUUGAAGGCAUUGGACCAUCACUCACCCCAGGGGCCCCACAGCAUCUGCCCAACCUAUAGGCACACGGGGGCUGCCCAGCAACACCCAUGGCCUUCUAUUAGAAAGUGGUCCUCACGCUCCUUCUUCAUAGAUUGAGAGGGUGUAAUUGCACUGUUGAUUGGAUGACUGGGUAAUUUAAUCUUAAACUCAUGUUGGGACUUGGAUCACUUACUGAUUUGGGAAACUGACUUUCUGGGGACUGAGCCCCGAUGGUGUGGGGAACAAGCAGUGGGAUGGGGCUGGGGAGGCCCAAGCCCCAAGCUGAGCACGAUGAGCCCUAUCAACCCAGCCAGCCGACUCCUCACCUUGGGCCAGUGUGGAAGAAAUGAAGCCACAGGAUGGAGGGAAAUUUCCCACCUUGGGGCCCUCUAGCCCACCUGACACUCUCUUCCUACCUCUCUGCCUUCUCCCUCCCCAGGGCCGCUUGGUGAGUUCUGAGGACUUAAGGUAGCUUUCUAGGAUGGGGACCACCAUCAGAUUUUUCUAUCUAUUUUCAAGCCCCUUAUGGCAUGAAACAUAGCCCCAGGCAUUUAGUCAGGAUGAAGCUAUACUUGGGAGCCCAUGGAAGGGGCAAACAGCUUUGACCUGAUAGCAGAGGGAGAGCGGCUGAGGGACAGAGGGUAUCUUAAAAACUCUGGAUAUCUCAGAGUUUUGCUGAAAAUGUAACUCGACAGGAAACAACACAAGUAGGCUGAGAUGGAGAAGGCAGAAUAACAGUGUUAAGUAGCCAUUUGAACAGGCCCUCACCACAAAAGGGAGGGAGUUUGGUCGGUUCAAAUUCACAGGCCAUCCCUAGAGAGAAGCUUAGGAACACUUUGGUCCUGCCUUUUACCUGAGAUAUUGUCAGCUUCCAACAGGGUGCUGUAGUUGUCUGUUUUCUGGCUCUGAGGGCCUCGCCUCCAAUUUAAGUCAAGAUAUAGAUUGAAUUUCCAUUCUGUUCCAUUUAUAAUAUGAAUGAUAUUAAUACUCAUGUUUGCCUAACGAUAUGUUGGAAUAUUCUCUGUCUUUAAUCUGCCUCACAGCAAGAUGGGGAGCCAUCUGGAAGUAACUUUUCCUUCUGUCUUUCUUUGAUCACUUACCACUUAUGCCCAUGUGGGGGGAAAAAAACUUUAAAAGGAGAGGAGGUCUUCCUAGGGAUCUCGUUGGAAGCUGUCUGGGAACAUCAACGUGAAACACCCCCUCCUCUACUCUAGACAUCUCACCUCAGUCCAAGUAUGGAACCCCGGAGGAGGCAAGAGCAAGAGGGAAAUGCAUCUCUGCACAACAGGUCCAAGGUCAUUGUCGCCAAAGCAGGCUGGGACUACAUCUCCCAUCCCCAACAGCUGUUCUUUCUCAGAGGUGAAACACCAGAUCCUUUGAGGCUGUGGAUUUACUCUCAGAGAUUUGUGGGUUCCCGGGAGGCAAAGCACAAGGAGAAUAUAAUUAAGGCCUGGUCUCUAGAGCUCUGUGGUCUGUUGUUUUUGUUUUUUUGUUUUUUUUUUUUUUUGUUUUUUGUCUUUUUAGGGCCGUACCCUCAGCAUAUGGAGGUUGCCAGGCUAGGAGUCUAAUCAGAGCUGCAGCUGCCUGCCUACACUACAGCCACAGCAAUGUGGGAUCUGAGCCACAUCUGCAACCCACACCACAGCUCAUGGCAACACCGGAUCCUUAACCCACUGAGUGAGCCCAGGGAUCGAACCCACAACCUCAUGGUUCCUAGUCGGAUUCAUUUCUGCUGUGCCAUGAUGGGAACUCCUGUGGUCUGGUUUUGAGUCCAGGCUCCACCACUGCUAACUGGGUAAAUUUGACCAAAUCAUGUUCUCUUUCCAGUCUCGAUUCCUGCAUUUCUGAAGUGAGGAUCUGCAUUGUAAAUAGACAGGAGGAUGAAGUGAAAGAAUGUAUACUGCGUGGGUUAUUUAAAAGUAUGUUUCCUACUUUCCAAACAUAAGAGAUUUUUCUAGUUACCCUCUAGCUGUUGUUUUCUUGCUUAAUUGCUCUUGGUCAGAGAAAACGACCCACAUGGUUUUUGUCCUGAAACUUGCUUGUUGGCCCAGUAUGAGGUCGAUUUUGUGAAUGUUCCAUGUACAUUUAGUAAGACCGUACAUUUUGAAGUUGUUGGCUUGCUGUUUUACUCAAGAAUGUAUUAUGUGUUUCCUUCUAUGAGAGCGAAUACAGAUAGAUAAUCAGGCCUUCCAACCCCUAGAUGGGGACCAGAGCCCCUUGGCAUUCACAGAACCGGUAGAAGCCAUCUCUUUGUGCCUGGGCUGGUUCUGCAGAUGCUGAGAAGCACUGACAGCAUUAGCCUAGGAGACCCAAGUUCUACAUUAGACUCAUAAAUAAUGCAGGUAUAUUUUGUAAAGUCCUGGAACCUUCCUAGAGAAAGAAGUUGUUCAGAAGCUGGGUCCAUCUCCUCCAUUCAGUCUGUGUUCGAUAAUGACUCAUUCAUCCAGCGUCACUGGAAUAGAUGAAUUUUCCCCAUUGACAGUUAUCCUUUAUGUCACAAAUUGUCAUAUUGACUUUUUUUUUUUUUCCCCCAGGGCUGCACCUGCAGCAUAUGGAAGUUCCCAGGGGUCAAAUCGGAGCUACAGCUGCCAGCCUACACCACAGCCACAGCAACACCAGAUCCGAGCCUCAUCUGCCACCUACACCAUAGCUCAUGGCAACGCCAGAUCCUUAACCCAUUGAGCGAGGCCAGGGAUCAAACACGCAACCUCAUGGUUCCUAGUUGGAUUCGUUUCUGCUGCACCACAGUGGGAACUGCUUGAUUAUUUUGAAUGGUAAUUUGCCCAAAAGAUAAUGCACACACUUCUUAAUUGUGAUCUGACCUCAUUUAAUUUUGUAGGAUAUUUCUUUUAAUCAGGAUAGACUAGAGAAUGUGGUAGUAAUAAGCAAUCCCAGAAAGCAAUAAAAGUUUAUUUCCUACU